AGUUUCAAAUAAAGUUUAAAGUGGUGUAUUUGAAGAGAAGCGCGCGCAGGAAGCUGGUCGUAUUCGCUGCUCAGCUGUAUUUCUGUUGGCUUAGUGCAGACCCUGCCCUGAUUGCCUUAUAUCCAUGUCUAUUGACGUGUAGAGAGCAGAUGGAGGCAGAGGGACUGAUCUGAUCUUUAGUCCUCAGAGGUCAUUCUCGCUACAGUUACAGCCACUUGUUGCCAAAUCGCUCAGAGACCGCGAGCGCGUCGCGAAACCGUUUCCAUAAAGAGCUAUUUCUUUGCUUUCACGACACACAUCUAGAUGCUGGGACGGGAAUACAAGCACUUCUGAGUUUGUUUGGGGAAAAAGGUCACUGUUGAGCAAAUUCGUCGCAUUUGACGGGAGAAGCAUGGUUGACAACACAAGCAUAGCAACUAAAUCUGCACUGCAAGCCGCUUUCUCGUCGGCGAACACUCUUCCUCUGCUGGUCAGCUCCUCCGGCGCUCACAGUCACUCGAGCGGCGGCGGCGGGAUGAAGCUGGAGGCAGUCAUGGAGAACUUGCAGCGACAGCAGGCGGCUCGACUCGCCCUGGAGGAGAAACUCCACCAAGCCGAAAAGGAGAAAGAAAUCAGAUCUAUGGUGGAGUCGCAGAUUCACCAGCAAGCUAUCGCUUUCCACCACUAUCAAGCAGCGGUGAGGGGAGCGUUCGCUGCGGGAGCCCCGAACUCGAGCUCCGGCCAGCCACACGAGCGCACAGCCGACUCCGACAUCGAUGAUGAUGAUGUCGACCCAGACCUGGACCGCGGCAUGGAUGAUGAAGACCGCGACUUGGAGGAAGAUGACAGUAUGAAUGAGGCUGGAGGGGAUGAAGAUUUGGAAGGACCCCUAGCUCAUUACCCACCGCGCCAUGCUGUUUAUCCCGGUGCCGGGCAGUCUCCAAAAAGUACCCCGAUACAUCUGUCCAGAGUCCAGCCAACCUAUCCAGCUCCUAGACAGGCUGAAUCACCGAGUGGUUUGGCACCGCAAGCCCAAUCGCAGCACCACGAAUGGACUUAUGAGGAGCAGUUCAAACAGUCAGGCCAAGGCAGCGGGCCAGGGAGGAAGCUGAAAGAUUCGAGUGCUGCUUUCGGUGGCGGUGGCUCUUCGUCUCUGAUUCAGGAGUUUUGCAGGUCAGUAAAAGAGUCCUCUGCUUGCUGGUGCCACGGCGGUGGAGAAACAGCGAACAAUUAAUAGUUUAAACAGCAUCAGAUGCCUCUGGAUCCCAGGGAUUGUUUAUUUUACAGAUUUUGC